AUGCGCUCUGGGGACUUGCUUGUUGAGGUUAAUUCUCGGAAGCAAGCCCAGCAGAUACAAAAAAUUAAAAAUUUAGCUACAAUACCGGUUACUGUUAAUCCACAUCAAUCUUUGAACACCUCUAAAGGUGUGAUUACCUGUGGGGAAUUGCUAAAUGUUUCCUUGGAGGUAAUUAUUGCAGAAAUGAAACCGCAGGGUGUCACGAAUGUUCGCCGCAUCACUCUUCGGCGUGAUGGAGAACUUCUGGAGGCAAAACAUCACAUUUUAACGUUCAAUACACCUAAACUGUCAGAAUUUGCUUAUGCCGGCUACAUCAGACUACCAGUCCGUCCAUAUAUACCAAACCCUCUGAGAUGUUUCCAUUGCCAGCGCUUUGGACAUUCUAAAAUGAAUUGCCGCGGGUCAUUAACAUGUGCCCGUUGUGCAGGUAAAGGGCAUGACAGCCAGCAAUGUUCCGCACAGGAAAAGUGUGUGAACUGCAGUGGCAAUCACCCUUCUUAUUCUCGAUCAUGCCCGCGCUGGAUACUAGAGAAACAAAUCACUACUGUUAAGUUCAAAGAAGAUAUUACGUAUCCCGAAGCCUGGCGUAAGGUUCAAGCGCAAACGCCUACUCCUGGUAAGAGUUAUGCUUCUGUACUUCAAAGCACCUAUUGUUCAAACUGCUCCUGUGCAAAUUGUGUGAAAAACUCUAAAAAAUACAAACCACCUGAAAAACUUACAGAUUCCGAUUCUGAAAAAUCAAUUAAUGAUACUUCUGACACUCCUAAGGUUGUAAAAACAAAGUCUAAACGCAAAAAACAAAGCUCACUAACAUUAAAACUUGCAAAACGCGGUCUUUCGCAAAAAGAUUUACCUCUGAAAUUAAAAAAAUCAACCUCCAAAAAUUCCGUCGCUUUGGGAAUGGCGAUGCAGGGUAAUGUCCACAAGGAUUUAACAACGAUCUUUGGGGAUAAGUUGCAUAGCCCUGAUAUAAAAUUACAUCCCUCUGAGGAUGAAGAUGAGCUUGAUAUGAGUUGCGAUGAUCCGGACACUCAGACUAAUGCCUCUGUUCUUUCUCCAGCCAAACAUAUAUCUUAA